AUGGACGCCGCUAAAGGGGAAAAAUAUAACGCCUCCGGUUAUAUUUUCCCGCAUAUGUUUAUUCAUUACGACCGACUAGAUCUAAUCCAAGAUCACAACAAUAUUCCCAUCAUUUAUCACAACAAACGCAAUAUCAAUGACAAGAAAAUUUUAUACACUACCGAUUGCAUCACGAUAAACAGGGUUGAUAUCGCGCAUUCAACAGCACUGCCUUUGAGAGACCAACUUGACUUCUCCAGACUAAGCGACAAAUAUUGGUGGCUAACGGAGGAAUCGCCACAUCGUAAGACCCUCAAGCGCAGGCAAAAUAUGGGAUGGGCUUCUAUAUUUUAA